CACGUGUUUAAUUAUGUAUACAUAAUUACUAGUAAUUAGCAUAUGUAGCUGUUCAAACCAAAGUGUGGAUCCACAAAGUGGACUGUGGUGUGGAAAGUGUACAACAUUUUUUUGUGGUUUGUGGAAUUGUGGAUUGUAGUUUGUGGACAGGUUUGUGGUUUGUGGAAUUGUGGAUUGUAGUUUGUGGACAGGUUUGUGGUUUGUGGAAUUGUGGAUUGUAGUUUGUGGAAAGGUUUGUGGAUUGUGGUUUUGUGGAUUGUGGUGAGAUGAAAUGAACAGUUAUGGCUUAUCUGUAGAUCAUGCAAAAAAAUUUGUUCAAAUUACAAAAAUUCUCUUUCACAAAAUAUGCCUUCCUUUCCUUCUAGUUCUCUUCGGUAACCAUGCAGUAGCAAAUUCAUGUCCUUUCCUUUCUCUCUGAACAUUAGAGCAAAGAGAGCAGGAUCAAUUUGAUCUUCUAUAAAAUAAACAAAUAAUUGUCAAGAACGAAGAAACGCUUAACAUUUUCAUUAUUGCAAGUCGUUUUCCCACCUUAGUAAGGUGACCUUACUCGACAUGAUCCUCGCAGUGAAAGUAAUUUUGACCCUGCUACUUGGACGCAGCGUGGUGGAAGCUGAGGAGUGUCAACAUCCACCCAACAACUCGACAGAACCGUGUCCCCCGUGUCCAAACUCCACCUGGACAUACGUGGUAUCUGACUUACCCGUGGAUAACGCGAUGCCCAUCGAAGCGCCACAUUGGCUCGAGUGUCAUGAACGGAUGGAAGGAGUUCAUGCCCCCUACGGAACAUCGCUCGCCGACUUGGGCACCGGUUUCGACGGAGAUGGAGACCCAGAUGGUCCGCCAAAAUUUCCUGUAGACGUUGUCAUGAUGUUUCAGUCUCCGGCAAAGUGCGAUGUCCAAGUCAUUGCUUGCCCUCCUCCAAAGACAAUUGGCUGUGACCAAAAGAUAAUGCUGGCUCACGAGGAAGAAUAUCGACGUCAAUGCAAGGAGACUUUUGUCAAAAAUUUCGAGUAUGAAUUAGAGCGAGAUCAGUUCGACCCCGACAUGGCGGCGUUCUGGUUGGAGGACGACCCAGACUUUGUUCGAAUGGGAGACAACGGCAAAUUGUUAAUCAUGUACGAUUACACCACGUUUGGCUGUCCUCUCGAGCCAUAUCAGGACGACCAUUUUGCCCCCGAUUUGAGAAUUUUGACCGAGGACAUGAACAAGAACACGUCUCUCGGCCUGAAGUACAACAAUAGUUACAUCCUCAUCGAAAUAUUUGGUGCGUCCGGGUUCAAAUAUGAUAAGACGGCGAAGGAGAGUGGGUGCCUGUAUCCGCCGCAACGACGCGAAAGUCUUGUGAAGGAGUGGAAAGCUAAUUUUCGUCCAACGCAGAGAGUCCACAGUCCAAAUCCACUGCACAUUUGGAACAAGUCCAACUACAAGCCUUGUAACGAGACGUGGAACGUGACCAGGACGGGCUGGGAGAAUGAGGAGUAUGAAAUUAUGAACAACAAGUACAACAAGACCAUGAAUACGUUGGAGUGGUCGAGAGACAAUCGACGUCCCAAAGUAUUGGUAUUCUUGGCUGUCGCAAUUGAUGAUGAAUGCCCGUUCUAUACAUUGUUCGGAGUAUCGCUUCCUAAAGCGACGGAAUUGGAUCCGUUCCUAUCACUAAUUUGGUUCGUGGGGUUCACCAUUUUGUGGGUGGUUCUCGUAGUGCUGGGAUAUUACUGCAGGAAGAGUCAAAUUCGAAAGCAGUACUAUGAAGAGGCUCGAGCCGAGAGGUUGAAGCAGGCCGCGUGGGCAGUGAUUUACCGGUACGAGAAGCUUCUCCAUGAAAGUGAGAACAAGCAGUUGGAGAACGAGAUGACAGACUAUGCUCGAAAGUUGGACAAGGAGGAGAGGAAGAAGAUGAAGAAAGGGCGAGAAGAACGUGGUUCUGCAGGAGAAAAGAAAUAAUUAAAACAAAAGUGAUAUCAUCUCGGCAUAUUUUUUUGUUGUUUUUCAAUUUUUGAUAAAUGUUUUGUUGUGUUAUUGAAAAUUGAUUGAAAUACCUUUCGUGAAAAUGUUAGCGUGGUGCGGUCUUGGGUAAAUUGUUUUGUUUCAAAUGUGGAAUAAAUUCCGUGGCAACCAAAAUUCACUAAUUUGAAAAUGUGUGUCGUGCAGUAUUAUAUCAAGAUUAUUUGACACUUGUGGGAUGUCAAUAAUGAACUUUGAGAGAUCGGUGACCACUUGGACAAAAUUUGUUUGAACCUGAAAAUUUGUAAAUUAUAAUUUCAGUUAAAUUUAAGAUACGUACAGUCUACUAAAGUAAAAAUUAAUUGAGCACUCGCCAUGCAAUCUUCCGGAUACUAUUAUCCUAAACAUCACUUUCAAUUUCAAUUCAAUCUCCAUUCGGGAAGAAAAUCUGCGAAUGGCUAUAAUUUUUUGCAAGCUUGCUAAAAAUUGUGAUACAAUAUUUUUUAGCAGAAACCAAACGGUGACUAAACUAAUAAGGAAUAAAUGAAUGAUUAGAGUUUAAUUAUCUAUUUCAUGAUAUUUAAUGCUUUCUCCGCACC